AUGUCACACGCCUCAUUAGACAACAACCUGCUGGGUACCCCAGACAACAACCUGCUGGGUACCCCAGGUGAGAUCACAGCAGAGGAGUUGUUGAGUCGGCUGCAGCAGAUUAAGGAUGGACCAGAGCAGCAGCAGCCGAGCAUCAACACCAGUGAGACUGGAGAAGCUACAGGAGAACCAACAGAACCGGCGGAAGGUCCAGAGGACCCGUCUAACGGCGACACCCUCUUGGAUUGGCUGAACACCGUCAGGCGGACAGGCAACACCACCCGCAGUGGUCACCGAGGCAACCAGUCAUGGCGGGCAGUGAGCCGGACCAACCCAAACAGCGGAGACUUCCGGUUCAGUCUGGAGAUCAACGUUAACCGUAACCUGGCUGAGCAGCAGGCCCGCGCCGAUGUGGAGACGGGCGAGGGGGAGGCUCAGGAGGAAGGCCCAGCAGAAGCACCUGGCGAUGGGGUGGAGGCAGUGGUCGGAGUGGAGGUCCAGGCAGGGACUGGGGCAGGGACUGGGGCAGGGACUGGGGCUGAGGCUGUGGCAGGGGCUGUGGCAGGGGCUGUGGCAGGGGCAGGGGCAGAGACUGAGACUGGGGCAGGGACUGGAACAGGGACUGAGGUGCCCAUGGAGACAGGAGAGGUGCUGGAGGAACCAGUUGUGGAGGAGAUGGCUGUCAUAGUGGAACCAGAAGCGGAGAUGGAGCCAGAGGCUGAAGUAGAAGCAGAGAUGGUCCCAGAGUUAGUAGUAGAGGUAGUCCCACAGCCGCCCAGCCCUGUCACCGCCACCCCUCCUGUCUCCAGACCAGCCAGUCCCCUGGUGCAGGCCACCCCGGCCCCCGCCCCCCCCAGCCCGCCCCCUGAGGAGCCUCCCCGACGGGGCCAGAGACGAGCCCGCAGCCGUAGCCCUGAGCAGCGCCGGACCAGGGCUCGCACCACACGAAGCCGUUCCCCUCUCACCCUGGACCGACUGGACGGCCUCCCCCGCCACGUGCCCAACGCCGCCCCUUCACACAGCCCCCCCACCCUGCCCCCCCAGGCCCCCGCAGAGGGAAGCUCACGGACUCGACAGCAUGUUCUGUCCCGGCAAAGCACUGCAGAGUACGAUGUCCAGUCAGCCGGAACAGGGUCUGGGAACGCCCCAGAGCCUGUUACCACCCCACCCCAGGAGGGAGAGGCCGCGGGCGGGGAGGGAGCAGCAGGACGACGUCCCCCCACCAUCAUGCUGGACCUGCAGGUGCGUCGUGUUCGUCCAGGUGAGUACCGCCAGAGGGACAGCAUUGCUAACAGAACCCGCUCACGCUCCCAGAACUCCAACAACACCUUCCUGUACGAGAGUGAGAGGGGGGGGUUCCGCAGGACCUUCUCCCGGUCCGAGCGUGCGGGUGUGAGGACGUACGUCAGCACCAUCAGGAUCCCUAUCAGGAGGAUCAGUGAUGCGGGGUUGGGAGAGGCCACCUCCAUGGCUCUGCAGACCAUGAUACGACAGAUCAUGACCGGCUUCGGAGAGCUCAGCUACUUCAUGGACUCAGACUCUGACUCCUCGGACUCAAACCGUGGCGGUGGUAACCCCACUGGCGCUGCCGACCUGGCCGAGGCGCUCAACACUCCCGACGGGGGAGUAGCCGGCAUGGCGGAGGGGGCGGAGCCUCCUGUCUCCGUGGGUGGGCCUAGUGUGGGAGGAGCUGGGGAGGCAAGGACAGAGGAGAGGGAGGGGGAGGACGGGAUGGGUGUAGGUCUGGCCCCAGGGAUAGGUUUAGGGGUGGGGGGCACCCCCAGGGAGGGGCGAGGUCGCCCCCGUGCCCCCAUCAGUCUGGAGGAACCGGGGUCACUACCCUUCCUCCGCCUUGCUCACUUCUUCCUCCUGAAUGAUGAGGAUGAGGAACAGCCCAGAGGACUCACCAAGGAGCAGAUCGACAACCUCUCCACCAGGAACUUUGGGGAGAGUGAUGCUCUGAAGACCUGCAGUGUGUGUAUCACAGAGUAUGCCGAGGGGAACAAGUUGAGGAAGUUGCCCUGUUCUCAUGAGUACCAUGUUCACUGUAUCGACCGCUGGCUGUCUGAGAACUCCACCUGUCCUAUCUGCCGCAGGGCCGUGUUGGUGUCUGCGAACCGGGAGAGUGUGGUCUAACCUGGAGGUCAGGGGUCAGCGGUGCUCCAGGCAGACAGUAUAUAACACCGUGUCAGUUCUGCAGGCCUUUCUCCUAGUCAGACCAUUUACAUUGUUCAUGUUUUCAUUCUUAAGACAUCACUGACUUUUAUCCAACUGACAUGCUGGUGUUUGGAGAGACGGAGACAGACAGGAAGGUGGUGUCCUCAUAGUGUAGUAAGAGACAUGAGAGAUGCCACUGUCCCAUUGGCCAACAGACCCCACUCUCCCUUACCUACUCUGAGAGGACCAACAGACCCCACUCUCCCUUACCUACUCUGAGAGGGCCAACAGACCCCACUCUCCCUUACCUACUCUGAGAGGGCCAACAGACCCCACUCUCCCUUACCUACUCUGAGAGGACCAACAGACCCCACUCUCCCUUACCUACUCUGAGAGGACCAACAGACCCCACUCUCCCUUACCUACUUUGAGAGGGCCAACAGACCCCACUCUCCCUUACCUACUUUGAGAGGGCCAACAGACCCCACUCUCCCUUACCUACUCUGAGAGGGCCAACAGACCCCACUCUCCCUUACCUACUCUGAGAGGGCCAACAGAACCCACUCUCCCUUACCUACUCUGAGAGGGCCAACAGACCCCACUCUCCCUUACCUACUCUGAGAGGGCCAACAGACCCCACUCUCCCUUACCUACUCUGAGAGGGCCAACAGACCCCACUCUCCCUUACCUACUCUGAGAGGGCCAACAGAACCCACUCUCCCUUACCUACUCUGAGAGGACCAACAGACCCCACUCUCCCCUACCUGUCUUACCCCAAAAGGGACUCCACCUCCCCAACAGACCCCACUCUCCCCUACCUGUCUUACCCCAAAAGGGACUGUCCCCACUCUCCCCUACCUGUCUCACCCCAAAAGGGACUGGCCCCACCUGACCCCACUCUCCCCUACCUGUCUCACCCUAAAAGGGACUGUCCCCACCUGACCCUGCUCUCCACCUGAAAGACUUAACUGCCUUUAUCAAUACUCUGGAACGGCUCACAGACUGUCAGUGUGUCAAAGCUUUGCUGAAUUAGUUUUUAAGUUAAAACUGUAGAAUGUUGUACAGGCUUUAAUGGGCAGAAUGAGAUGUGACGGACUUGGAUUCCGUUGGGAAUUCUAUCAGUUUAUUUUGGACUCGUAUUGCAUCAUAUUCAUGACAUCGGAAUCAAUAGUACAGAUUAUUGAUUAUGAACUGUGUUGAACCGUCGUUGAGAAGGGAUGUAGGUAUCUGUUAACUGAUGCUAGUAUGUAGUCUAACUCUAGCCCAUCACAUGAAGCAUUUUCUAUUUCUGCCCUCUGACAGUGUUUCAUCAUGACAUCUCGGAGUAGUGAUCUAGCAUCAGUCCAUCACUGUUAAUCUAGGAUCAGUAGCGGUCUAGGAUCAGUCCAUAUAAUCUUAUUCAUUAAACCUAAGUAGCCCAACUGAUCGUAGAUCAUCACUCCUAUUCUGGGACACUUUGUGGAUAUGGGUCCUGAAGGAUAACGACAACCUCCUAGUGAUCCUGACCUUGUAAUGUCACCAUGACAACCUGUUGAUUCUGCUACAGUAUGACCAGGAAGUGAACAGAGGGCUGCAUUAUGGCUCUGUCUCAAAUACCACCCUAUCUCUAUACAGUGCACUACCCAUAGGACUCUGGUCAGAAGUACUGCUCUAUAUGGGAAUAGUGACAUCUGGGAAUCACAUUUAUUAUGAGUUCCAAGUGUUGGUUAGACCCAGGCCAGGUUAGGCCCCGGCCAGGCCAGGUUAGGCCCCGGCCAGGCCAGGUUAGAGCCCGGCCAGGCCAGGUUAGGCCCCGGCCAGGCCAGGCCAGGUUAGAGCCAGGCCAGGUUAGAGCCAGGCCAGCUUAGAGCCAGGCCAGGUUAGAGCCCGGCCAGGCCAGGUUAGAGCCCGGCCAGGCCAGGUUAGAGCCCGGCCAGGCCAGGUUAGAGCCCGGCCAGGCCAGGUUAGAGCCCGGCCAGGCCAGGUU